GGUCGCUCGUGCGAUGUGGCAUCGUUCCCAUACGGCGGAGCAAUGGCUUGAGCGACGCACAGCCUUCACACUCUCCUUGGCUACCAUGUCCAUGGUAGGAUACAUAUUAGGACUUGGCGAUCGACACCUCGGUAAUAUUCUCCUUUCCAUGUCUACAGGGAAGAUUGUUCACAUUGAUUUUGGCGACAGUUUUGAUGUUGGUCGACUUCGUCAUGUACUCCCUGAGACCAUCCCAUUCCGCCUUACACGCAUGCUAACCAAUGCGAUGGAAGUGUUUGGCGUGGAUGGCAUCUUUCGAUCCUCCUGCACCCGCACUCAGACGACUCUGCACAAAAAUUGUGACAGCAUCAUGGCUCUUCUUUCCGCCUUUGUGCAUGACCCAAUCGUGCAGCACAAGGGGACGAUGAAAAAUAUGAUGGAGAAGAGCCGCACACAAGAUAUUGUUGAACGCAUUCGUAAUAAACUUCGUGGGACAGAAAUGGCUGUAGAAAACAAAGAUAUAGUGAUUUUUAACACAGUGCUGGAAAGUGCACGUCGUCCCGAUCUGUGGUACAUGUCUAAUGCCUUCAAUGACGCGGCACGGCGAACCCUCCACAAGUCAUUGACACCACAGCAGCAGGUCUCUAUGCUGAUUGAUGAGGCCACACGCGUGGAAAACUACGCUGCUUUAUACUUUGGUUGGGGCCCAUUAUGGUAA